AGCAAAAAUAUGUCUAUUUAGUUUAUCAAAACUAAACAGACACAGCAAAAAAGCUGAGGAAUUUUUGCACUCCCUUUUCAAAACUUUAAAUGUCAAACGUCUCUAGGUUUAAAUGCGAUUUUCUUUUUCCACAUGUGACCAGAUUCAAGUUAUAAUCAUCAGAAAUGUUCAUUUUCUAUUGAUCUAUGCCGACUGCUAUCUGGGACAUUUCGAUGUGACAAAAGGAGAAAUUGUCUAUGAGACAAAUAAAAACUACCCCUUUUGGAGCAAGGACACUCGAAAAAACCAGGAUUAAUGUACUGUAUGCAAAUGUGGCGUAUUUAUAAUAACAGACCUUAGUGUGACAUUUGUCACUGAAGCACUUUAACAGAUGAUGUUGCUGACGAAGCAGAAGUUGCCCAGAAGAGUGAUGCCAAAAUCUCAAAGCGCCAGCAGAAACGGAAUUAAGAUAGAUGGACAGACAGAUAUGUGCUGUUAGACAUUAAAAGAUAGAAAGGGCAGACUGACAAACCUUUAUCUUUAUUUAUACAAACCUGUUCAGAGUAAUUCAGUAGCAGCUUAAAUAUCAUAAGAAUGUCUAAAUGUUCUAGAAAAUCAAGCCACACACACACACAGUAAUUGAACUCAGUUAAAAAUCAUUUUUGAAUAUGGUCAGGAUGGUCAUUAUUGCAUUGAUUGAUGUAAAACAUCAGUGGAACGUUAUGAAGAGGUUAUGAUAGGUCAGUGGUUCCUAUGAUCCUGUAGGACCUUGUGUGCUCGGAUGGAUGCUGAUCAUGUCUGGGAGGGAGGAGUUAAUCCCCCCCAGCUGCCCUCACACCCCUUCGCAGGUCACCCUUUUCUGCAGCAGUGCAGUUUCGAACCAUACAGUGCAACGGUAACUUAGGACGCUUUCACUUGUGCCUCGAUAUCGUGUCUUCUUGUAAAGUCUGAAGCGUUUAAAUGUUGUCUACCACAAUCUCUGUCGCGUGUUGCACUUGUCAGUAACAUUUAUUGUCUUAAGUCCAAAUUUCUGCAUUUUCUUCUGGCGUUGCUGCGCUAAAGUUAUCAGUUUGGUUGUUUUUACGCAUAGCCCGAGUGCGCAACGAUUCCAGUCACAGACCAGACAAGCUCGUUUUGCAUUAAUGAAGAACAUGGUGUCUUUUGUAUAUACCAGUAAAUGUCUAUCAUCUUUAGCAAGUGAAUGACGGAGCUUUACAGUCAUUUCUAGCGCGGGACAGUCUGCUCCUCUCUCUUUCUGUUGACCAAUCCUGGCGCAGCGGCGGAGCGACACACCUGUAUAAAAGCGGAUUCCAGGUCAGCUGACAUUCAGAGGGGGAAGCGAUGAAGACGACCGGGUGCUGAGGAAGAGCACAGAAUCUCUCUCUCAGAUGGGGAUGUUCUGCGGGGCGCGUGUUGUGCGUUUUUAAAGAUGGACGAGCUCUUUAACCAAAGCGCAGCGCCGAACCAAAGUUCCGCUGGAGAUGACAAGUUCACAUUCGACGACAUCGACGUGAGCGCGGACGGCUCUCCCAUCCUGAGGAUAUUCAUAUCGGUGGUGUACUCGGUGGUGUGCGCCGUCGGCUUGGUGGGGAACCUUCUCGUGUUUUUUCUCAUGAGGGUGCGACAGGGUCGCAAAAGAUCCACUAUAAAUGUUUUCAUCACCAACUUGGCAGUGACGGACUUCCAGUUCGUCCUCACGCUGCCCUUCUGGGCCGUGGACACAGCGCUGGACUUCAGCUGGCCGUUCGGAGACGCGAUGUGCAAGAUCGUCCUGUCGGUCACAGUCAUGAACAUGUACGCCAGCGUCUUCUUCCUCACCGCCAUGAGCGUGACCCGCUACCUCUCCGUGGCUACAGCCCUGAAGAAAAGGUCUUACAGAAGGUCACGGUGCGUCAAGUGGGUGUGCGCGGUGCUGUGGCUGGCCGCCACCGCAGCCACGGCUCCCACAGCCGUGUUCUCCACUGUGACGGUGGUCGCUGGAGAAAAGCUGUGCCUCCUUAGGUUUCCAGAGGGACACGACUGGCUGGCCCUUUACCACAUCCAGAAAAUAUUGAUUGCUUUCGUCAUACCGAUGUUCAUCGUUUGUGUCAAUUACAUGAUGCUCCUGCGCUUCGUUAGGCGGAAAAGCAUGGACGGCAGUAACCCCAAACGGAGGACCAGGGUCACCAAGUCUGUCGCUAUUGUCGUUUUGUCCUUCUUCUGCUGCUGGAUGCCAAACCAUGCCAUCACCUUCUGGGGCGUCUUGGUCAAAUUUAACGCAGCCAACUGGGACACAUCAUACUACACGGUGCACACGUACGUGUUCCCGGUCACGGUGUGUUUGGCACACACAAACAGCUGCUUGAACCCAAUCCUGUACUGCCUGAUGAGGCCGGAGAUCAGGAAGAUGCUGAGCGGCUUGUUUUGGAGAGUCCCCAGUCCCACUCAGAGCAAGGCUUGCGCGACGCGCUCCGUUACGCACAUAGAAACCCAGGGAGUGGUGCCCCUCCAGAUCAUUGACAACACGGAGUACACGCUAUCCAUCAUAGACCGUAAAGGCUCAUCAAGUUCUAAGUCAAUCCCAUACACCCACUGAAUAAAAAACUGCCUUUAUUUAUUUAUUUAUUUAUUUUUGCUCCGUCAGCUGGCUUUGCUCGUGCGUAAUGUGUUCACAAGUCUGAAAACUAUAAAACAGUUGACUCAUUCUGUGAUUUUUCUAUGAGAUUAAUCUUUUCACUUUAUAGUGACAAAAAGACUGGGACGGGACGGAUCAGCCUGGCCACAUGGAGAAAGGCGGAGACAUUCACUGUUGGACCCCAAAAUAUGACAAUGUUUACCAUGUAAAGCCUGACUGUAAAUAAAUUGCUGUUCCAUCAGAGAAAAAAAAUAAAUUGGCUGAUUAUUGCUCCAAGCUAAUUACAUUUUGUGAUAGCUUUUUCAUUUGUCUUUAAUUAUAAUAAUGACAUUUCAGAAUUGGCCAGAGUUUUGAAUCGGUGGCGUUCUGCCGCUUCUGGAUGUAAAUUGUGCACAUAUCUUUAAGAGGUUUAACGCUAAUGACAUGGUUUAAUGCUGUCACCUGUAAAACAUAUUUAUUUUCAUACUUCGCCUCCAUUAUCUGUUAUAUAGUGGGUAACAGUGAGCUAUGAAGUUACUUCUGAAGUCCAAACAGCAAUAUAUGAAACCAAGCUAUGUUACAUAGUGAAAAAGGUAAUGGGUUUUCUAAUUGAAAUGCUAAAUGGCCACCCUAGAUGCUACUACCACUACAAGCUAAUAAUGUACAGACUCAUUCAAUACAAUUGAAUAUUAUUGAAAAGUCCAUUUAUUUUAGGAACUUUAUUACCAAGUGAAACUUUAUAUAGAAUAAUUACUCCAACUGGUGAUUUCCAGCCUUUGUUUCUGUUAAUUAUGAUUUUCUGCUCACAAUGAAAACAUGACAUUUAAUUACAAAAGACCAAUUAAAGAAAAAUCAUUUUAAGAUACAGAAAUGUAUCUUAAAAUGGCAAAGUUAAAUGCUUAUGUUAGCUAUUUUUCAACUGGUGCUUUUAAUCUGACAAAUGAGCCUCAUCAGAAAGUAUAUUCGAAUGUUUUGAAUGUGACUUUCUUACCUGAUGCAUUUAAACACUGCAGCAUGUUCAUUACAGAAAUGUGUGGAUUAAUAAGAUACAAAACAGACGAGUAAAAAAAAGGUGCAUGUGUAAAUUUUAGAUGGUGGUUGGUGAGAAGCUGUCUUUCCGAAACAGAAAUCUGCCUGACGAGAACCGUCUUCAUUUUUUUACCUCAAACUUGCAUAUUUCAACUUUUAAGCUAAAAUGCAAUACAAACAAUCCACUAAGGUUUUCUUCAACCUCUCAGCAAACUGAGUAAGCACAAAUCCUGUCACUCGGCUGCUCAUAAACGCUACAAAGAUGAUAGUAGUUGGAAAACUUGGUGUUUGGUGGUAAAUCUUUGAGAAUGUUGUGCUUCUUGUGAGUAAAAAAAUAAAAAAGCAAA